UCAUUUUCCAUUUCUAAUUUUGUCUACCGAAUUGUAAAUGAAAGUUUUAAACUUUUUCUUUGUCAAUUUUCUAUUUUUCAAAGACAUCAAUUUAUAUAUAUAUAAACACUCCAUAUCUCUCUCAAUCUACUCUUCACAUUUGAUUUUUUGUUGUAGUUGUUUUGUCUCAUGCAUAUAUAUCCUUUACCUAGUUUAUAAAAGACAGUUCUGCCGGUUUAGUUAGUUGGAGAUGGGAAAUUGCUGCUCGGACGUCGGUGGCGGUAUGGCAGCUGUGAGUGGUGCCACUUCCUCCGCCGCUACUGGCAACCAAAACGAUGCUGUCGACAUGUACUUGAGGUCUCACGGUAUCCACGGCCUCUUCUCUCAGAUCGAGUUAUCAUUUUCUGCUACGAGUUUGCGAGACCGGGAUGUUUUCUCCAAGAGUGAUCCAAUGGUGGUGGUUUAUAUUAAAGAAAGAGAUGGAGCAAUUAACGAAGUAUUUCGUACUGAAGUAGUUCUCAAUUCUUCGACUCCUACUUGGAUUGCAAAGUAUACAAUUACUUAUCAUUUUGAGGUUGUCCAAAACUUGCUGUUUAAGGUUUUUGAUGUGGAUACUCAAUAUCACAAUGUUGAAGUGAAGAUGCUUAAGCUGGAGGAGCAGCAAUCUCUUGGUGAGGCAUGCUGCACAUUAUCAGAGCUUGUAACCAAACCAAACAGGUCGUUAACCCUGGAUCUUAUACGUAGGGAGGAAUCUGUUUCAUCAACCCAUUCCCAGCACUGUGGGAAGCUUACUGUGCAUGCUGAGGAAUGCUUUAGCUCAAAGAGUACAGCAGAUAUAAUAUUAAGGUGUAUAGAUUUGGAAUCUAAGGAUCUCUUCUCAAAAAGUGUAUGCGGUGAUGGUUUCAUAUUUUCUUACUUUCUGUUCGUACUUUUAUCAGGAAUAUUAGUUAUCUUUUGGUGCAAAUUUGGACUUGUCUUGCAGGACCCCUUUUUGGUUAUAUCAAAACUCGUGGAGAGUGGGAUUUCUAUUCCUGUAUGUAAGACUGAAGUUCUAAAGAAUGAUCACAACCCAACAUGGAAGCCAGUGUUUCUGAAUAUUCAACAAGUUGGAAGCAAGGAUAGUCCAUUAGUGAUAGAGUGCUUUAACUUCAACAGCAAUGGAAAGCAUGAUCUGAUUGGAAAAGUCCAGAAAUCACUAGCAGAUUUGGAAAAGCUUCAUCUUGGAAGGGAAGGAGAAAAUUUAUAUUUGCCAACUCUGGUUGGGCAUAAUUACGAGAACAAGAUAUUGAAUAGCAAGCUUUUAGUGGACAAAUUCUCUGAGACUGUCCAACAUACCUUCCUGGAUUACCUGGCUGGAGGUUUUGAGCUAAACUUUAUGGUGGCUAUUGAUUUCACUGCUUCGAAUGGAAAUCCCCGCCUCCCUGAUUCCUUGCAUUACAUUGAUCCAUCAGGACGGCUGAAUGCAUACCAGAAAGCAAUCUAUGAGGUCGGAAAGGUAUUGCAGUUUUAUGAUGCAGAUAAACGCUAUCCUGCCUGGGGAUUUGGAGCACGGCCUAUUGAUGGUCCAGUUUCUCAUUGUUUCAACUUAAAUGGAAGCAGUAACUACUGUGAGGUUCAAGGAAUCCAAGGAAUUAUGAUGGCAUAUACCAGUGCCCUUUUUAAUGUCUCUCUGGCAGGGCCAACACUGUUUGGACAUGUGAUCAACAGAGCUUCCGUAGUUGCCUGUGACUCUCUUUCCACUGGUGCUAAAAAAUACUUUGCGUUGUUGAUAAUCACGGAUGGGGUUAUAACUGACCUCCAAGAAACCAAAGAUGCCCUCGUAAAAGCAUCAGAUCUCCCAUUGUCGAUCCUCAUUGUUGGAGUUGGAGGAGCUGACUUCAAAGAAAUGGAGAUUUUAGAUGCAGACAAAGGAGAAAGACUUGAAAGCACAACUGGAUGUAUAGCUUCACGUGACAUUGUUCAGUUUGUUCCAUUUCGGGAUCUACAGAGUGGAGAAAUUUCUAUGGUUGGAGCACUUCUGGCAGAAUUACCAACACAAUUUUUAACCUACAUGCGACGCAGAGAUAUUAAACCAAGCACUUAAUUUUGUAUGUGUAUAUAUAUAUUUUCUACUUUCCUUUCACGCCUUGAGUUUGGCUCUUAUCAAUGCAACCAUGGCCCUUUUUUAAAAAGAAAAGAAAAACGAGGCAUGUCGAUAUGUUUAUAUAUAUUAUUUUAGAUUAUAUACAAAAAUAAUAUUUUUAUUUUUAUGUGAUUAAAUUUUAAUUGGUUA